AUGAAUGGCGCGAACGACGAGCGCCUCGAGCGAUUCCGGCCGCGAGAAGAUACGACGGCCGCGCGUCUCGCUGAGCUCAAGGUCGAAUAUGCACACAAGCGCGAGGCGUAUAUUGCCAGCGGUGUCCUUCCAGACCCCGCCAAGCCGGGUCUGCUGGAAGAUGCGACGAAGCUGGUAGGCACCUGCAUGGAGAUGUGCCCCGAGCACGAGCGUCUCGAGAGAGAGAUCCAAAAAGAACUAGAUAAGCUGGAGCUUAUCCCAGGGACGACGCACGCUGAUCCGAAGGCGGCGGUCAAGAUUUACCGACGUCCAGCUGCUGGCCGCGAACUGCCGCUGCCAGAAGAAGUUCGUCCCCCUGCGGUCCUCCAAACCACACUGGACUACCUGCUACAUACGCUUCUUCCAGCAGACCCGCGCGAUCCACAGUUCGCAGUUGUCCAACCAUUUCUGUGGAACCGUACACGAGCGAUUCGGCAGGACUUUAUCGUACAAAGCGAUCGCGGUGCGAUUGCCAUUGCCUGUCAUGAACGCAUCGCCCGGUACCACAUUCUGUGUCUGCACUGGAAAGGCGGCGUAGAUGCUGAGGCAUGGAGCGAGCAGCAGGAACUCGAGCAGCUGCGCAAGACGCUGCGUAGCUUGAUUGAGUACUACGACGACCAGCGACUGCUGGGCCAUACCUACCCCAACGAGCCCGAGUUUCGUGCGUACAAUUUGCUCUUGCACAUUCGCGAUCCUGAAUCGCUACGUGAAGUCGAGCUGCUCCCGACGCCUGUCUUUACGGCGGCGCCCCUGCAGUGGGCUUUGCAGCUCCAGACGUUGGUCCAGCGAUCGAAUCUCCUUGAAAAGCGCGGUCAGCCGCGCAAUACGGAAGCGACGCCCAACUUUUUCACACGCUUCUUUAAGAUCGUGGCACGGCCAGAGGUGAGUUACCUGACGGCCUGCCUCGCUGAGAACUUGUUUCCUAGUGUACGCAUCGGUGCCAUCAAGGCACUGGCCAGGGCCUACAUGCCGCAACAUAACGGUUUGCCGCUGAGUUACGUGACGACGAUUUUGGGGAUGGACGACGAUGCAGAGACGAUCGAGUUUCUUCGCUUGGUACACGUGGAUGUGGAUGAGCAGGACGGUGUCGCGAAGAUCAACAAGCUCGUCGUGCUAGACGAAGACAAGUCGUUUGUCUCGCCUUUCAGCCAAACACUUGUCGAAGUCAAGCGUGGCACAGCGACGUGCCAGGACAUUGUCGAUGGCAAGACUCUGCAGCCACCCAAGCCGACAGUGACAACAUCGCUGCCCCCCGUGAUGCCAUCGACCACCCCAACACCAACAACAACAAAAAGGGCCAAGACGCCAUCCCCUCCGGCCAAGCCGUUCACGUUCACACCUGCGAAGGCGCCUGCCGCGAAAACUCCCGCGGUGAUGCCGCCACCAACGACGCCGGCGUUUGCUUGGCCAGCGCCGCCGUCCGCUUCCCAACCUAAACCGCCGCCAGCCACGCCAUCCUUCACGAAGACGAAACCGCCAGCCGACGUGGUGCCAAGUACGCCAGCACCCCCGCCCAAACCCAAACCUAAACCCCGCCUUCCACGUACUCAGCUCACGACAUCCCUCACGCAGCAACUGUGCGACGCCGCUCUGGACGACAUGGUGCAUCAUGUGGGACAGCAGGCAUUGGAGAGCGAGGCAAAGCAUCGACGACGUGUACGACGUGCGUCGCUGUUGGCGUCCAUGGCUUCGCGUCUCACGUCACGACUCUUGGCUGAGCCUGUCGCAGCAAAUGUUCGUCACGCGUCCAUGGAUGCGUUGGCACAGGUCCAGUUCACGCGGCAUAUAUUUCGGGCGACUAUGAAACAUUGGCAAGCGAUUCUCGCAAAGCAGCGUGAUCGCAAGGUACAGGCAGAGCGUCUCGAGGAUCUUCGUACACGUCUGCCGCAUUUGCAUGUAUCGCGUUCUCGGCGCUCAAGUGAUGCUACAGGGCGUGCGCCCCGAUGGUCCGAUGACGAGCGAGUCGACGCGUUUGUGCACGCCCAAGAGGCUAGUACGCGGCUAUGGGAGCGAGGGACGUGGGCGGAUAGCAUGGUCGAUCGUGUUGCAUGGCUGUGCCACGAGACGAUGCAAAGUCCACCGACCUUUACCAUUGCCGUGUAUGUAUCGAAAGACGGCCCCGCCGCAGGCGCUCGAUGGCUACGGCAUAAAAUGGGGCUGAGUGCCGAUGAAGUCCUUCAUCCGCUAGCGCACGGGACGCAGGUCCGCAUCGUCGAUGGCGUACGUGCUCCGGCCAUGGCACAGGAGGCACAGUUGGUCGUGUGUGAUGCGAUGGCUACUGUGCCUACGCCGUCGGUACCUACACCGUUGCUGGCGGUGGCGUGGGCGGAGGCACAGGCACAGACAUUCAUGCAGACACACAACAAGGUAUGGAUGCCAUGCAAGGUUGUAACGCUGCAUGAGCCCACGGUCAAUGUGGAUCAGGUGCUUCGCGAAGCAUUGCUUGACGUCCUGCCUACGCUCCAUGUCGGAAUGGAUCGAACACCUGGGCUACGCACAGCCAUUCAGCCUCUUUGGCAUAUGUGGAGUGACUUGGCUGAUGCGUUCGAUACGCUCCUGGCACGGGCGCAUACGCCUGCCAUUGCUGCCGACGCAUUUGCGUUGCUUACGUCGCUAGCGAAUCUCUUGCUGCGUAUGGCCCUAGCCGCCGAGGCAGAGCCAGACGACUCGACCACCCACAUCGCGCUGUGCAUCCCGAAAACGGCACACAGUACGACGAUUCCCGAUACCCUCGUCUCUCUCGCCCUGCAUCAGCUGCAGUCCAUGGCAUGGGGCGAUCCAGAGGCUGUGAGUCUUUUAAAGGCACAUACAUUGGAGUGGGCACACCAAGGCACAUUUCAUCUCAACACGUACAUGCAGGCCAUCCUCCGGAUGGCAUUUGCGUACAUUGGUGACGCACAGUCGGAUGCGCAUGUUCCCUCGGAAGACCUGGAGCAGUUCCGGUCCCUGGGCAACCAAGCCCUGCGCGAAUUGGCAAGUCGCGUGGACAACGAUCGGCCCAAGGGUCCAGCACCCGCCUUGCCGAGUCCCAUCCCAACGACGCCGCGAAAACGCGCAUCCAUCGCUCCUUCCCAUGCGUCCAAGCGUAUUCGCGACGAGGAUGACAAGGAUGCACCUCGCGCACGUCUACGUGGGCUCUUAGCCCGCUCGGCUUCGUUGCUACUGCACGAACCGCGUGAAUAG